CAUUAUUCGCUUGCUUGUGCCCACCAGCAACCGUGGUGCACACAUGAUUAUUGUUGUUUCGAUUCCAGUCUCUUUCUCUCUUUUUAUUUCCGCUGCUCAAAGCAUGGCUUGAUAUUUCCUUUUCCUCAUCUUCAUUUACUCCCCGAGUUCUCCCUUUGCGACGUCUCGUGUCGCCCACACAGCUUUAGGCAGCGAGACACUGCUUAUUUUUAUCUAAGCCCCCAGUGCGUCGAUUGCUCGUAUGCUUCGUUACGAGGGCGCGUUCACCGACUUCAUUUUCCAGACUUCAUCUCGAUCGUUCCAAUUCGACUACUGAGUUUCUUAAACAGCUUCACAAGGGUUAUACCUGCUCGUCAUGGACUCUCCAGAGCUUCGUCAGCGAAAGCCGGCACCUGGCCUGAAAGGUGAUAACGUGGUUGAAAAGUCUCGAGGCUUCAAAGACACGGAGCCGCGCCUCAAGCACGGCAUUCCUAUGCAGCUCCUUCGUUCCUUGUUACUUGCAACAUGGUUCAAUUGCUGCUGUAUCAUUAUUUUCGCAACCCAGUUGAUAGGGUCUCCGCUUUAUUUCAUAAACAAGCACUAUUAUUAUAGUUACAUGGCUCUGACGAAACAAUCAUUUGGCUUGGUUAUAACAGCCCUGACACAAUGGGGCUGUCCAACAUAUGUACGCGUCAGUGGGGAUGAGAGUGUGCGAGGUCAGAUUCACCUGUGUUAUGGACGACUCAAGACCGAGUUUCCUGAGCGUCUAGUCUUGAUUGCCAAUCACCAAGUUUACACCGACUGGAUCUAUCUUUGGUGGAUCGCUUACACGAACCAAAUGCAUGGCCGCAUCUUCAUCAUUCUCAAGGAAUCACUCAAGUAUAUUCCAAUCAUCGGGCAGGGUAUGACAUUCUACGGUUUCAUUUUCAUGGCCCGUAAAUGGCUGUCCGACAAACCUCGACUACAACAUCGUUUGGAAAAACUCAAGAUCCAAAUGUCAGGUUCCAAAUCGGAAUCUCCGCAAUAUGACCCCAUGUGGCUCCUGAUUUUCCCAGAAGGCACCAACCUGUCGCCAAAUACGAAACGACGGAGCGAUGAAUACGGCCGGAAGCAGGGGCUACCGCCUCUGAAACAUGAGCUUCUUCCUCGGUCGACCGGUCUCCUAUUCUGCCUACAGCAGCUGAAGGGAACUGUCGAUUGGGUAUAUGACUGCACCGUUGCGUACGAAGGGCCACCGAAGGGCAGCUUUCCCGACAAGUACUUUACUCUCCGAUCCACAUAUUUACAGGGAAGGCCUCCGACCUCCGUCAACAUGUACUGGAGACGAUUCGCUAUGUCCGAUAUUCCUUUGGAUGACCAAAAGGAAUUUGAUAACUGGCUCAGGGCGCGCUGGACGGAAAAGGAUGAGCUACUUGACGAAUUCUUUGAAACUGGGAGGUUCCCAACUGCCCUGGCUGGCAGCAUUGACGCUGGGGAUGUGUCCGAUGUACAGAGAGAGGCUGCCUCUAAGGGCUUUGUAGAAGCGCAUGUCCGGCUACAUCACUGGACGGAGCUUGGGCGGAUUUUCAUGGUACUAACAGGCAUGGCGUUUCUUUGCAGAUUGCCCAAGGUUUUUGGGCUAUGGGACUAGAACGACCUCGAGUCUUCCGGGUGGUGCUAGCUUAUCAAUAACUAUAUUGCUAAUAUUUUAUGAGCAUGAGAUGACAAACGAAAUGAUAUCAUUGACUGAUGAAAA